GCGGUGCGGAGCUGCUUUCUCCACUGAAGGGAAAGGCCUGGCUCCUUCCUGAACCUGCCACUGCCCCGGGCCAGGGAAAGCAGCAUGGAAGCAGGAGCGAUUUAUCCUUCGCCAGACUCCCCCUCUGCGAAGAUGUCCCAGUCAUCUCCAGCUGAUGAAGGCACAACGUUUGAGCACCUCUGGAGCACGCUGGAGCCCGACAGCACCUACUUCGACCUCCCUCCGUCCAACCAUCCAGGCAGCAAUGAGGUCUCCAACCGCACGGAGGUCACGAUGGACGUCUUCCAGAUGAGAAGCAUGAACGACUCGGUCAUGUCCCAGUUCAAUUUGCUGAACAACAGCAUGGAUCAGAGCAUCGGCAGCAGAGCAGCCUCCACCAGCCCCUACAGCUCCGAGCACACCUCCAAUGUCCCAACGCACUCGCCCUACUCGCAGCCCAGCUCUACCUUCGACGCCAUGUCCCCCGCUCCUGUCAUCCCCUCCAACACUGACUACCCCGGUCCCCACCACUUUGAGGUGACCUUCCAGCAAUCCAGCACCGCCAAGUCAGCCACCUGGACAUACUCCCCCCUGCUGAAGAAACUCUACUGUCAGAUCGCAAAAACAUGUCCCAUCCAGAUCAAGGUGUCCACCCCGCCGCCCCCAGGCACCAUCAUCCGGGCCAUGCCUGUCUACAAGAAGGCAGAGCACGUCACCGAGGUGGUGAAACGCUGCCCCAACCACGAGCUCGGCCGCGACUUCAAUGACGGCCAGUCGGCCCCGGCCAGCCACCUCAUCCGGGUGGAAGGCAACAACCUCUCCCAGUACGUGGACGACCCCGUGACGGGAAGGCAGAGCGUGAUGGUGCCCUAUGAGCCCCCGCAGGUGGGGACCGAGUUCACCACCAUCCUGUACAACUUCAUGUGCAACAGCAGCUGCGUGGGAGGAAUGAACAGGAGGCCCAUCCUCAUCAUCAUCACCCUGGAGACGAGAGACGGGCAAGUCCUAGGAAGGAGAUCGUUCGAGGGACGGAUCUGUGCCUGUCCCGGCAGAGACCGGAAAGCUGAUGAAGACCAUUACCGAGAGCAACAAGCCCUGAAUGAGAGCGCAGCUAAAAACGGCAACGCCAACAAACGCACGUUCAAGCAGAGUCCCCAGGGCAUCCCAGCGCUGGGGGCCGGCAUUAAGAAGCGGAGGCACGGGGAGGAGGAGAUGUACUACGUGCCUGUUCGAGGCCGGGAGAACUUUGAGAUCCUGAUGAAGAUAAAGGAGAGCCUGGAGCUGGUGGAGCUGGUCCCGCAGCAGCUGGUCGACUCCUACCGGCAGCAGCAGCAGCAGCUCCUGCAGAGACAGAGCCAGCUGCAGACGCCUUCCUCCUACGGCCCCGUCCUUUCACCCAUGAAUAAAGUUCACGGCGGAGGAAUCAACAAGCUGCCCUCUGUCAACCAGCUGGUGGGGCAGCCAGCGCAGCACAGCUCCAGCUCCGCGCCCAGCCUGGGGCCGAUGGGACCCGGAAUGCUGAACAGUCACCCCAUGCAACCCAACGGAGAGAUGAACGGGGGCCACUCGUCCCAGUCCAUGGUCUCCGGAUCACACUGCACCCCCCCUCCGCCCUACAACCCCGAUCCCAGCCUCGUCAGUUUUUUAACAGGAUUGGGGUGUCCAAACUGCAUCGACUAUUUCACCUCACAAGGGUUACAGAAUAUUUACCACCUGCAGAACCUAUCCAUAGAGGAUCUCGGAGCACUGAAGAUCCCGGAGCAGUACAGGAUGAUCAUCUGGAGGGGUCUGCAGGAGCUCAAACAGAGCCACGACUACGGGGCCCAGCAGCUCAUCCGCUCCAGCAGCAACGCCUCCACCAUCUCCAUCGGCAGCUCGGGCGAGCUGCAGCGGCAGCGCGUGAUGGAGGCCGUGCACUUCCGCGUGCGCCACACCAUCACCAUCCCCAACCGCGGCGGGGCCGACGAGUGGGCAGACUUUGGGUUCGACCUCCCGGACUGCAAAUCUCGCAAACAGUCCAUAAAGGAAGAAUUCACGGAGGGAGAGAUCAACUGAGGCUCUGCAGAAGGCGGCAGCAAGAGACCGGGGGGGAAGCGAAACCCCCAUGAAAAAUAUUUUCAGCCUUGGGUGUCUGGAAAAGCGUAAUUUUGUUGUCUGGAGGGGAACUGCAAGCCGCGUGAGAAAGCACGGCCCCGAGCUUCCCCGGAGAGGAAACCGCGGCGGUUUCGGCAGCACCGAGGGGACGGGGAGGGCGGCUGAGCCGGCUCACCGAACGGGGCACGGAUGUUCUGCCUGCCCGCGGCAGCGAAGGCACCCGCUGGUGCUUUACGCUGUGCCGCGUUUUAACGGAGGCUCGACAGAUGCAUCCGACAGACGCGGCGUAAAACGGCGGCACGUUUUUCUCUUCACGAGACCGGCCUUCCUGACGGCUACUGACCCCUGCUCCGCGCUCGCCGUGGUGUCCCAGCCCUCUGAAAGGGACUUUGCCCUUCCCCGUUCCAUCCGUACGGGUAUCUGCCAGCGAGACGCGCAGCGCCACAACCCGCUUUCCCGACGGACUGCCACAAAGUCCCCCUUCCCUUCCCCUCCGUUCUUUGUAGAGCAGAAGAGAACCUGUUUGUCAGUUCCCGGUGUGUUCAUGUACUUAAAUAUUUGUGUAUAUAAACAGAAGCAAAUGUACAUACGGUAUGCUACUCAUUGUGCUGUAAGGAGAACAAAGAUUUAUUUUCAUGUAAGCUAUAAAAAUUGAUACUUACUCCUGAGACACUGUAGUGUCAAGGAAAUUAAUUUCAUGUUCCAGCAUGUAAACACGCGGAAAGUCAUGGCUCCAGCCUUAUCUAUUCAAAAUGCUUUUGUUUUCCUCCUCGGAACACCUUUCACGCUCUUGGGGGGUGUGAAUGCUCCCGGGCAGCCCGGGGUCUGGACAAUCCCUCCCUGCUGCAUCGGGGAGCUUUGCAGACAGGCGAGACCUGGCGAGCGGCAGCGCGGGAGCUGUAAAUUUGAUCCCGCUUUGGAGCGCGGAGACGGACUAGGUGAGCGUGCGCCAUCUCUCCACUUCUGUUUUCUGUUGCUGGUCAUUUUUUCUGGGCGCAAUUUGUCUGUUGAUUCAGGCUGGGAAAAAAAAGGAGCGGCAAGGACACAAGCGGGUCGGUUCCCUCCCUCCCCUACUAGCGACCGCGGGUUUGAAAGGCGACAUCCCCCACUGAAAGGCUCGGCACGGGAGGGAGGGA